AUGGUUGAUGCACUGACCCCGAUACAGAAAGAACUUGUGGCAGGCCUGACAACGGGUGCCCUGACGACAGUGGUGGUGCAUCCUUUGGAUUUGAUUAAAAUUAGGCUUCAACUUCUAGCAACUAGCACCACAAAGCUAGGAUAUCGAUAUAUCUUUGGCAGCAUUUCUCGCUCAGCGGAUACCAACCCCAUUAAAGGAGGGCUGCUACGGGAGCUGUAUCGAGGGCUAGGAAUAAAUCUAUUUGGUAAUGCCGUUGCCUGGGGACUUUAUUUCGGGCUGUAUCGCACUUCCAAAGAUAUGCUAUAUGACUAUAAAGCUGUCCAUGUUUCAGGAACUAAGAAUGACGUUCAAAAAGAUUCUAAGAUGUCAUCGUUAAUGUUUUUAUCCGCCGGUGCUUUGAGCGGCAUAAUAACAGCUGUAUUGACUAACCCCAUUUGGGUUAUAAAAACACGCAUAAUGUCAACGAGUAGCAGUGAUCACUAUUCGUAUAAAUCUACAUUAAAUGGAGUAAAACGGCUGCUCAGUGAGGAAGGUCCACGUUCAUUCUGGAGGGGUCUCAUACCUUCGUUGUUCGGCGUCUCCCAAGGGGCAAUAUAUUUUAUGAUCUAUGAUACGUUGAAGUAUAGAUUCAGUUCUCUACGUCAUUAUAGUGAUGAUGAAAAAUCAAAUAAGGGCCUAAAAAACUCUGAGAUCUUUGUGAUCUCUUCGGCUAGCAAACUUAUUUCGGUGACAGCCGUAUAUCCUUUCCAAUUACUAAAAUCGAAUUUACAAUGCUUUGAUGCACGGGAAAAAAAGUAUACAAUGAAUAGAUUGAUCAAUUUCAUAUAUGGAACUGAGGGGGUUAAAGGUUUUUACAAAGGGCUGUCAGCCAAUCUGUUUCGAGCAAUCCCUUCUACUUGUAUUACAUUCGGCAUAUACGAAAAUCUGAAAAGUUUGCUCUAA